GAGCGAGCGAAGCCUUUGCCCUCGAGCGACGCCACACCAGACCCUUCGCCCUCGCAGCCGCCACCGAUCCCCUCCCUCAAACGCCGCCGCCCGUCGCUGCCGCCCCCGCCACCUCCCGUCGCGGGCAGGUGGGAGGAGCCCUGCCCGGCCAUGGCGACACCGCCGGUGGCCUCCUCCUCCCCCUCACCUUCUCUCCCUCUCCCAAGGGAGGGAAGAGAAUGGAAGGGAUCUGAUUGGAGCGGUGGAUCUGCGCCCUUGCCGUCUCUUCUUUUCUUCACCGAUUUCAGGAGGAGAUCGAAGUGGGAGGUAGACGAGCAGGAGCGCCGCGUCCGCGACAGCGAUGAGCGACGACCCAGGUUCUCCUCUCCCAUGGCAGGGGUCGGCGAGUGGCAACAGAUGCGGGACACCAACUGGUGGCUCAACGGACAGCGAGAGGCGGGACACCAACUGGGCGCGCCUCUCGCGGCCGACUUCCACGGCGGCGACGUCGUUUACCUUGGCGCCUGCUUCUUUCCGACUCAGCGAUCCCCGCGGGCACCGAUGGACGGCGACGGGCAGCACGUGCGGCCGCGGAGCCGCGCGCUCCUGACCGACGACGAGGAUGACGGGACGUACGCCAGCGACGUGUACAGCGGCAACCUCGCCGCCACGGGCGGGUCUCGUGCUGGCCGGAUCUUGGGGCGGUAGCAGUACUUGGUGCAGCGCCGCCGCGGCGACUACGGCAGCGUCGGGGUCAUCGUCGUCCUCAUCCGCACAGGGAAGCUGGACUGGGAGGUUUGCUGCUUCCGGUCGGCAGACGAUGGCUAUGACGCUAUGCCCAGCACGAGUGCUAACGCCAUCACGGCCGGCACC